AAAUAACGACUUAUUCAGUGAUGGCCGAUUUCAAAACACUGCUUCAGGAAGAUUCAGAGCACAAUGAAUCAGCAUAUCGAAUCAUGAUUCGGAUCGCGUGUCAAACCGCCUGUCACACAUGUGGAAUGCCUGAGAGCUGAAAUGUUUGUUUUCCUCCAUGUGUUAAAUAAAAGAUUUUGAGUUUUGAAAUUUGACUGCGAAUCACAACUGAAUUCUUGAUGUAAUUAAAAAGACUGAUGCACCAAAAUGAGAUGAGAGAGCAGUGUUUGUUUUUAAAAUAAAUAAAAGCUUCAAAAUUUGCAUUUUCGAUAUGGGUGUGUAACGUACCAACAUAUAGUCAAGUUAUGUUUACCACAGACCUUAUUUUACUCAUAAAUUGAAAAACCCCAUUAUAAAAAUCCCAUAGGGAAAUUCUGAGGGAACCACUGGCGCAUUAGCCCUGGGUAUGCUUCGUUUUUUUACGCGUACGUUAGGGUACGCGCACAGCCUUGGAAAGUAUACUUCAUUGACUCAUAAGCAUAUCCGGCGUUCGACGCAAGCGCCGUUUUGAGCAAUCUCUUGCCAUGAGUUACAACCCAUGUAAACAUCUUUGUAUUCUUUAAUGCUUGAGUUGUACACAUGAGGGUACUUUCUUACCUCUUCGCACAAUCUCGCGUCUACGUAGGCCUCCAUUUGUCGUUGUUGCUUUCAUGCGUUCCGGUCUGUUGAUUAUGCACUUUUUCUUUGACUAUCUUGUGAAUCGACGCCCCCCGGGCAUGGUUGCCACCUUGUGGAUAAAAUAAUUACUGUAAAAAUAAUUAAAUGCGCAUUUGCGACCUGUACCCGCGGUUUACAAAAGUGCAUACUUUUUGGUUUACAAAAGCGCAUACUCGUCUGAUGACGAAAUUCGCGUCACGCGCACUGUACUCCCGCGCGUACGCGAAAAAAGUGAACUUCUGGGUUUUGACGUCACGCCUGCAGCACUAAAAAUCAUUUUCAUUAAUGAAAAUAGGACUAAUUAAAUAAAAUAUAAAUAUUAGAUCAAAAAUUUGCCUCGCAACUGAAAAAAUAUGUUUGAAUUGAAGUACUACAAUAACUAAAACUGAAAUAAAAAUAAAUUAUAUGGCUAAAUUAGAAAUAUAAAAAAACUAAUACAAAUGACAAAAGCAUUAUAAAACUAAUAAUAUAAAAAACCUAUUAAUAUUGCAACAUAAGGUGGAUUGAUACCAACAAUGAAAAGUCCCAGUGCUGUGAACUGUGGAAGCACUUGUGAAACUUUGUGAUCACUAAAAUUGUAUAUAUAAACCACCCUAAACAGUAUGUUUAUAAAAAAGCAUUGUGUAAAUCUGGACAUAAAUGGGUUAACCAAUAUGACACCUCUCUGUGUAAUCACUUGCGCUCACCCCACAUUCUCUCCAUGCUCUGUGAGGCUGGAUUACCAUUACAAUGAAAGAGGACAAAAACAGGUGUGACUGCUGAUCAGCUGCACACACUCACUCACAUUCACAUGCAUCACUGCUCACUUGUGCCUGAAGUGGACUGCUGCCUGUGCCAGGAGGGAUCUGUCAUGUGUCUCAUGCCUGAAGUUAAAACCUUGUCAUGUCUAUUCUCUCAUCGUGGCUUGUGUGUGCAUGCAGAAGAUUGUUAUAUACAAGGCAGAACUGUACUGCAAGGUAUCUUUGGUCAGCGACUGGAGGACACAGUACAAUAUGAGAGGAAGUUUGGACCACGGCUAGCCCCUCUCCUGGUGGAGCAGUGUGUGGAUUUCAUACGGGAACAGGGUCUGAAAGAGGAGGGGCUCUUUAGGAUGCCAGGACAAGCCAACCUGGUCAAAGAACUCCAGGAUGCUUUUGACUGUGGUGAUAAGCCUCUGUUUGACAGUAACACUGACGUUCACACAGUGGCGUCCCUCCUGAAGCUCUACCUCAGGGAGCUGCCCGAGCCUGUGAUCCCCUUUAACAAAUAUGAGGACUUUCUAACCUGUGCACAGCUUCUGCUAAAAGAUGAAGAAGUGGGACUCGGUGAGCUUGUGAAGCAGGUGAACAAUCUUCCUCAGGCUAAUUAUAAUUUGUUAAAGUACAUUUGCAAAUUCUUAGAUGAGGUGCAGUCACACGCAAAUGAGAACAAGAUGAGCGUUCAGAACCUUGCAACAGUUUUUGGACCAAAUAUCCUUCGGCCUAAAAUAGAGGACCCUGUUUCAAUGAUGGAAGGAACCUCCCAGGUUCAGCACCUGAUGACGGUGUUGAUCAGUGAACAUGAGCGUCUUUAUGUGGGUGGUGAGGGAGAACUGUCUUCUGAGCAGACCGAAAGUUGUCUUCGGGGUCAGCGCAGCAUGGCGGAGUGGAUCUCCGAUGAGGAGAUGCUGAACUGCUCAUCACUGAGCCAAACGUCAAAAGUGGCAGAGAGUGUGUGCGACAGUGCCACGUCUUUAGAUAUCAGUACAGGUGCCCCUAUCACUGCCAAAAUGACACCUCAGGGAAAAGCUGGGGUGACGGUCAGCCCCAGCAAGCAGAUGAAAUCCCUCCCCUCCUGGAAAUACUCCUUCAAGAGCGGAGGGGUACGUGCUCAGCCCGCGAAAAUAGGGGGUUCGUCUGUGGAUGUGUCCACCUUGCCCAGUACGGGCAACUGGUUGAUGAACGGGCUUUCUUCUCUACGCAGCCACCGGCGUACUUCGUCAGGAGAGCGCAUGGGAAAGGAUUCAGCCCUGUCGAACCGUCUGUCCACUUACGACAAUGUGACUUCAUCCAGUCUUAGCGUACCCAGUGUCGCAAGCACGCCCUGGUCCACGUCCUCCUGUGAGAUCUUAGUGGCUGACUCCGUGGGCAGUGACCCUUCUGGACUGAACUCUGUGAAGGUGGAGUGGUCAGUUGGAGGGCCUGUCCAAGGGCAAAGUGAGGACAGGAGUUCAGAGGUCACGGAGAGCAGCGAAGCACUGGAAAUGUGUGUGAGCAGUGCAGGCUGCAGCGAGAAUGGAAAUGUUGAAGAUAUGGUGAACGCCACAGGAGAUACUAACACUAGCACAACAGCACUUAACAGCCUGAUAACAGAGCUGAAAGAUGAGUUGAAGAAACAGAAGGCCAACUAUGAAUCACGAAUACGAAGGUUAGAGGAAUCAAGCAUCACUCUGCGUAGCCAAAUGGAGAGACUAGAGGAGGAGUUGGACCAGGAGAAGAAAAAGUAUCGCAUGUUGGAAAUUAAACUCCGCAACUCUGAGCGGGCCCGUGAGGACGCAGAGAUCCGCAACCGCUUGCUCCAGAACGAAAUGGAGGAGUUCUUCUCCACCUUGGGAGAUCUUACAUUGGGAACAAGGACAAGCAAAAUUUGACUGGAGCUCUGACAGUCCUCUUGAUUUAACACUGAGAGACUGUGUGUUGUAGAUAGCAUUUUGAAAUCUCUCUGCUCAUGCAUCAUGAGUAUUCAGAGGUAAUUUUGUGCUGUUUUGUAACGGCGUCUUGAUCGUGUAGCAAUUUCACUUUUCUCUCUGAACUUCAGUCUUACAUUUUAAAGGGAUAGUUCACACAAAAAUUCAAAUUCUGUGAUUUACUCACCCUCACGUCGUUCCAAACACAUAUGCUGUUUUUUUGCAGAGAACAAAAGAAGAACUUUUGAGAAAUCUUUAAAAUAUUCAAAAAGUAGUGCACUAUUUUGUGUGAAGAACAAACCAAAAUGUGAAUCUUGGUCUUAACGUCAAACUUGCCACCUGCUAUUUGUAAAUAAGUUUCAUUUUCGGGUGAACUAUUCCUUUAAGCUGAAGUUCAGUUGUUAGCAGUCAUCACUUGCAUAACCUAACAUGCACAGAUUAUACCAAAGCAUGACUUUUCUGACCAGACUGUUUGCAGUAUUGGCCCCUUACAAAGGCAGGUCAUUUAAUGGCAUUUCCUGUUAAUGCAUGGUAUGAAAGAAGUCCUGCUGAACCGUCUCUUGAUGUUUUGAUCAAAUUAUCACACAAUUUUCAUCCAAAGUCUACUUUAUUUAAAACCAUAUACAAGCUGCAUCCUAUCACACUGUGCCUCACACUACCAGACAUGAACAAGUCAUUUAGAUCAACCGUUACACCAUCAGACUUCACAAACUCUUUUCAGCAAAUCCCUUUAUUGUAAGUAAAAUGCACUAUAGAAUAAAAGAUUAGAAGAGGUGACACCAUUCAAACUGUACAACUGUUGAAUUGUACAACUUAAAAGUUAUUAAAAUCUUUGAAAUCAACUAUAUCAAAGGAUUACUUCAGCUGCAAGAUUGCCAAGGCUAGUAUUUAUUUAAGCUUAUUAAUGUACCUAGAACUAUUUCUCAGGUGUUGUUUUUCAAAACACUCAAAGAAUGAGUGUCUUUAUAUAAAAUAGAUGAUGGAACUAAGGCUGACAUAUACUUGAAUGUGUUAGUUUUUUUAAGUAUGCACAUGUGUUCUUGUGGUUGUUGUUUUUUUUUUUUCUGUCUAUUCUUGAAUGCAGAAAGUGCCAAAGUAGAGGUCUUUAAAAAAUGGGUAUUUCAUUUCAAAUGAAGACUGGCUAGUCUUCGUAAUAAAUUGCCGUUGUCAUUAAAA